AUGUGGUUCCCUGAGUCCUCCCGACUACAUCUAUCCGUGUUGGAGAUUUCACACCGCCAUCCAAUGACCCACCUUAAGGCCAUCUACAGUCAAAUGGGGACUGAUCUCCUCCGGGAAAUGUUGAACUAUCCCGCGGUCUUUGCUACAGGGAGUGGCCAAAAGAGGGCUCGCCUUGGCAAGCCAAUGCUUGUUUUUGACAAGGUUGGAGUGGCCAUUGGUUUUGUUCCCACUGGAGAAGACCAAUAUACUUAUCAUCACUUGCGGACGGAUCUUUAUGGAAUGGCACUACGCAGCGGUGUUAAGAUGGACACGUGCUACACUGCCUGCACAGCCCAUAUGACCCUGGGUCGUUUUGUGUCAACCACUACAUUCGACUCGGACAGCGAUGAAGGUACGCAAAAACAUAUCCAAAACUAG